CUUGACGGAGACAAACACGAUAGUCUUAGCAUUGAGGAAAUUAUUUAAAUAUAUAUUACUAUAUUAUACUGCCAGAGAGAACAGUCUCGGGAUACAGAGACGACUGCAGGUCACCUCUCUGUCAGAUCUCAUGGCUGCUUUAAUGCUGCUGCUGUUCCUUUUGUCUGAAGCUGCUUCGGACCUGAUUGAGGUAACAGUGGAUCCUGGAGAUGAUGUUAUUCUGCCAUGUCAGGUUGCUGAUUCCUCCAUCAGAGCUGUAGAGUGGAGCAGACCUGACUUGAAGCCAGAUAACGUCCUCUAUUACAGAGAUGGACACUUGGAUCCAACCCACCAGCAUCCAUCCUUUAAGGACAGGGUGGAGCUGGUGGACAGAGAUCUGAAGGACGGAGACGCGUCUUUAAUUCUGAAGAAUGUGACCAUCGAUGACAACGGAACAUACGAGUGUCGCGUUAAAACUGAUGGUUCAACACGUAAAAAGAGAGGCAUUGAGCCAAUCAGAAUCAUCCGUCUGCAGGUUAGAGAGCCAGCAGGUUCCAAGAAAGGAGACUAUCUUAUAUACGUUCUGGCAGGUGUCGGUCUUUUUCUAAAGGCCCUUUUACAGUUGUGCAUCAAAUCGACGGCGCAGGGUCCGGCGUACGAGAGGUUAGCCUGACGUGCACCUCUCGAAAAAUGUAACUUCACGUCGCAGCGACGCACGUAGCUCGGCCGUGGCUUGGUAGUGUUGCAUUUCUCCCGACUCAUUUCCUGGUUCUUCUUCUCCAUAAACAACAUGAAAUCAAGGAGAGGGUUAACUUAUCCUGCUACGUAUUU